ACAGGGUGGCCUAGAACUCACAGUGAUCCUUCUACCUCUGUCUCCCAAGUGUUGGGAUUAAAAGGUGUGCGCUACCACACCCGGCUUUUUUGUUUUGUUUCUUAAUCAAGGUCUCAUGUACACCAGACUAACCCUGAACUCACUAUGUACCCAACCGGUCUUGAACUUGAGGCCAUUCUACCUCGGCCUCUUGUGCUGCGUUAUCUGGCUCUUUUCUUUUUGGCUACACUGGCUGAUCAGUAAGCCCCAGCCUGAGUUUUUUGCUAAUGUGGAUAAGAACUCAGGAUUCACUGGGUGUGGUGACACACAACUUUAAUCCCAGCAUUUGGGAGGCAGAGGUAGGAGGAUCGCUCUUACCGGAUGAAGCAGGCCCCCAACCCCCAGCUUUGGAUUUGUGGCCCUGGCCUACAGCUGCCUCACUACAAAGUACCACUACAUCCAGGAGUGGCGACCUCAUGGAAGCUAUGUCAUGGAGUCCUCCUAGGGAACUUUACUUCCUAUUUAAUCUAUCAUCUCCCCAGAUCAUUUGCAGCUGGGGAGAGGGCAGAAGGGAACAAUAUCUGGAAUCCCAGGUGAGGGUCUUGUGAACCUUCUCACCCAUCUACUAGGGAGCUUCAAAAAUCCAUUAUCAUGGCUACACACCUGUAUCGUUUCCACGGUGAAGUCGCUGUGGCUACUGGACCAAAGCAUUCUCUACUCCAAGAUGGCAUACUGUUACAGCCACAGGAAAAACGCCACACACCAUCACUUGUGUUCCUUUGCCUCCAAAGUUGUAGGCAGCUUGUUGGUGACAGCCACUACCCUAACAUUACAUGGCUACCUCCCAGCUCACACUGGGCUGACUGUAGAAGCCCACAGAACCUGUGUCUCACCCUGACCAGUAUUAGACUUGGUGGAGCUCAGUUUCCCCCUGGGGCUUUGAUGCUUCUAGGCUUCUCUGACCCCACCCCGCCAGGACCCCGGUCCUUGGCUGACCCUCUAGCCUCACCCUUUUCCUGUUUUGAUGCUGGCUCAGCCAGGCCCGGAGAUAGGGGCAUGAUAUCUUAAUCCUCCCAGUGGCAGCCAUAAUGGAAAGAACCCUGGAGAGCCUCACCGGCCAAGUGUCUUGUCCAGCCCCUCACAUCCACCUGGCACACCCACAGGAUUCCAAGCCCCACACCUGCCUUCCUGUAGGGAAGCCUCAAUGAGGGGCCCACAGAGCCCCUCACCAGAUAGCAGGGGGUGGGGAAUAGCUGGUUGGUGGCUGGCCCAGUCUUGGCUCUGGCUGUUGACAUGACACUCAUAAAUCAGGGGGCGUCGGGGGUGUUGGAAGCUGGUCUGUGGAAUGUCUGGCUACGUGGGGUGGGAGUGAGCCUUUAACUCUUCAAAGGACAGGUAUGACAAGACCUGAGGAUAUGGGGACAAGCUGAGGACUGUGGGUAGCUUCCCCUGGCUGUGAGGAGGUUAAUUCCCAAAACAGGCAGGGGAUAAAUUCAGGCCACCAGUCAUCAAGACCUGUCUGUCACCAUGGCCCCAGGGAGGCUCCUGCUCAUCUCCUUGCUGCUUCUGUCACUGCAGCUGGUACUCUGCUGGAGUCCUGACCCUCCAGUGGCUGAGAGAGCGUUCUCAUCUAAUAAGACAGCAGAGGCCAGAGGGACCUGGAGGCCACCUCAGGGUGCCCACCAUCCCCAAGACCGCCUACGCAGAGCCCCAGCCAGCCAGUGCCAGCUAUGGAGCCUGACCCUGCCCGUGGCCGAGCUGGGCUUGGGCUACACCUCAGAGGAGAAGGUCAUCUUCCGCUACUGCGCUGGCAGCUGUCCCCGUGGUGCCCGCACCCAGCACAGCCUGACCCUGGCCAGGUUGCGUGGUCAAGGCCGAGCCCAUGGCCGGCCCUGCUGCCGGCCCACCCGCUACGCUGAUGUGGCCUUCCUUGACGAACGCCACCGCUGGCAACGGCUGCCCCAGCUCUCUGCAGCUGCCUGCGGUUGUGGUGGCUGAGAGUUGUCAGGCCUGUGUCCCAGAGCCAUGAACAUGGAGCAGCCACGACAUGAUACUUAAGCUGAGCUGACACGUAUUGACUGGCCAAAAGGGAGGGGAAAGGGGACUGGGGCGCCACCCAUGAGUACAAUAAAGAAACUGGUUUUCUGGCCAUGUGUGUCCCGGCA